CGUUCAUACGAGUCAAUCGCACAUAUGUCUGCCCAAAGACCAAUCUACGUUUCUCCCAACCCGGAGACAACUAAGCGUGAUGCAUUUACCGAGUUCUUCCUCGAAAGGCCUUGUCCUCAGGAAGCUGACCCCAAGUACAAGCAUCUCUUUGAUGUUCACCAGAACUUGAUGAGGAUGUUGAUCAAUGACUCUGCUAUGGAUGCAAACCGCCAGCAGACAUUCUCAACACCUGCAAAUAGCAAGAACAAGGUGUACUUCAUGUGGGACUUUGUUACCCGUACCUUUCAAAUGCUCGUAGCUACUGUCAACCCUCGCAACCCCAGCGGUGAAGCAUGGAUGGACAUCGCUACGAGAUCAAUGCUGGCUCAGCAGCUCAUUCUUGACACAACUGGCAAACUGGAGUCUAUGAACCAGUCUGUGGGCUACAACCACGAUGCUGGCAUUGAAUUUAGCCAGGAGAUCAAGACAGAGGCCGAGAAGCUGGACCAGCUGCCCCAGUAGAACAGGACUCUUAGACUUGAAGGACAUAUAGCAUGUAUUUAUUGACGACCAUAUGAUAAGAUGUUGUUGAAUUAGUAUCGAGAUAGCAGAUUUAUGCAUGCAAAUGGAACAAGCGAGCAGUCUCCCCGCUUCGCACUCUGAC